AUGAGUUUCCCACACUAAAAAUUACCAUCAUUUGACAUUAUAAGAGUUGCUGGUUCAGGAAGUUUUGGUAAAUAUUUUAAAUAAUUAGGUUAUGUUUUUGAGGCUUAUGAUCAUAAUAGAAAAUAAAAAGUUGCUUUAAAGAGAAUUGAAAAGGUUGGAAAUCAACUUAGUAGAGAAUAUGAAAUUUUAUUUGAAGUCAAGGAAUGUGAACAUAUAGUUAAAAUACUUGUAUGAAUAUCAUUUAAACCAAGGAUUUUUUCUAUUCUAGAACUGAUUCAGGAAAAUUAAUUCAAAACAUUGUAUUCGAAUAUAUGGAUGAUAAUCUUGAAAAUAGAAUUUAAAUAUUUAUCAAAUAAGGAAAGACAUUUUCAGAAUUGACCAUAAAAUCUUAUAUAUAUUAGAUUCUAAAAGGAUUACAAUUCAUUCAUAAAAAAGGAAUUGCCCAUCGCGAUUUGAAACCGUAAAAGUAUUAUUAAAAUCAAUAGUGAGAAUGUUCUGAUAAAUAAUAAUGAAGUAGUUAAAUUAUGUGAUUUUGGAAGUUCUAAAUUAAUUAAUUCUCAAGGUCAAAACACUCCAUAUAUAGUUUCUCGUUAUUAUCGUGCCCCAGAAUUAAUAUUAUGUUUAACUAAAUAUGGAGUUUCAGUAGAUAUUUGGGCAUUAGGUUGUAUAAUGGGAGAAUUAGUAAUAAAAGAGGCGCUUUUUAAAGGGAAAAGUGAAGGAGAUCAAUUAUUUGCAAUAUUAAAGGUGAUGGGUAGUUUUAAUUCAAAUGAUAUGGAAUACUUUAUAAACAAAGUUCCUUUUGAUAAUAAAAUUAUAUUUAAAGAACUCUCUAGAUAUAAAAAAUAAAAUCUCAGAGAUAAAUUUAGUUAAAUUAAAGAUUUAGAUAAUUAUUUAGAUUUAUUAAAGUAUUAUAUGGAUAUGAUUUCUAGUUAAAUGUUGUAAUAUAAUCCUGAAGAGAGAAUUAGUGCUAAAGAUGCUCUGAAGCAUCCCUUUUUCAAAGAUGUGGCAAAUGAAUGA